AUGUAAACGUCAGCAAACCAGCUGGAGGACUAGGAAUGGGACUCCUAGCAAAAUUCGGGUAAUUUUCUUAGUAUUAAUGUGCCUUCUAGAUAAAAGCUAUCAAUGCAAACUUAAAACCUAGUCUUGCAAGCCAAGAUUAAUUUUAUCGAAGACUUGAACAAAGAAAUUAAUGUAUAGAAGAAGCAACUCGAAAACGAUGUUAAGUUUAGAGAGGAGAAUGAGCAGGACAAUGUGCUCAUUCAAAGAUAGAUUGAUCAGUUAAGAGUCAGAGUCGAACAAACUAGGAUCAUUGUCAAUAGCAAGAGAAGAGACCCCUAUAAAGUUUAAAAGCUCAUCACACUUAAAGAAAGUCAAGCUAAUGCAGAAAAGAAUCUAAGAGAGGAGAUCAUUGACAUUAAAGCAGCUUUGGUUGUUCAAGAAAGAAUCCACAUGGAACUAAACGAAAAACUUCAAAGGUAUCUUGAAGACCUUGAGUAGAAAGUAUCUUUGGAAACUAAGAUCCAGACAACAUUAGAAUCUAUUGAGAAACUCAAGUUACAGCUCGAGAAGCUAUAUAGAUUGCAAGCAAAGCUGAGAAAAGGGGGUACAGAGAGAAUAACAAUCAGUGAGACACUUACCACCAUCUCAAGCAUUUUAAUAUUGAUGAAUGCCUACGAAAGAUAGACCAUCUAUCUUGAAAACUAAUACUUAGAAACAGGAGUAAAACUCUACAUCACUCUUGAUCAGUCAAGAAAGCUAGUUUCAAGAAAUAACCUUGUAGCAGACAAGCUUCCUCUUACACUCGGUACUCUUAAAGACGAAUAUAUCCUUGGAAUUCUAGAAAGAUGGUAAUCAAUGGACUUGAAAUAAAAUGAAGACACCGAAAUAGAGUUCUCAAAGAUGUCAGUAGCUUACUUCUUCAGAAUUUUCAUGGUCGAGGUCAAGAUCUAAGAAAUCAUAAAUUACCUUGAGCAAGAAGUUAAGGAUUAUGAAAAGCACAGGGAAUUGCUUCAAGAUCAAGGAAAGAAAAUUAUAUCAAUUGAGUUCGAGCAAGUCCAAAUUUAAGACAUCGAAGAGGGAAACAACCUAAACAAGAUAGUUAAAGCCAGAAUGGAACAUUUCUAAAAGCUUAUUAUUGAGUAUACUGACGUCAAUGAACUAUAAAAGUCUGGUGUUGAUAGAUUCCAGGGAAAAAUUAGGGUUAAAUGUGUGAGUGAAGUAAAGGAAAGAACUAGACUCUCCGACAUUUUGAGUAAGGAUGGUCUUCAAAGAGCACAUAGAAUUGUUGAUAUUCUUUCAAAGUAUUACCAUGAUGUAGAAAAGGUAAUGAAAAUCAAAUGGCUCAAUCAUCAUACAGACUUCUUUAUGGGUUUUAGAAGAAAUGUUAUGGAUCUGACAAGUGAAAAUAAUGAUUUGACAGCGAACUUUCACAUUUUGAAGUUGGUUUUAGAUAAAAUAAAGAAUUCUUAAAAAUAGAUUGACAAGGCAGAUAUCUAAAAAGCUGAUAAAAUUAUCAGAAAGCUAAAUAAGUUUUUAGACUCAGUCAAUAAAGAUCAUGUUACACUUGUGGAUAUUGAAAGAAGACUAAAAGAUCUUGAUGUUGAGUACGAAAAGCUAAAGAAGAUUGUAUUUGAAGAAGCUAAAAAGUAGGUUGAGGAGGGUCUCAAGCAUAGAGACACCUAAUCAAGUGAUCUAAAUAAAAAAGAAAGAGAUUUGGAUGCAUAUCUGAACAAUAAAAAGGCAGAGUUUGAUUUAAUUAAGAAUGACAUUGAUGAUAAUGAUAUUGACGUUCUUACCAAGCUACUUGUCUUUGAAGGAUAAUUAAUAGAUGCCUGCUAGGAUGGUGAGCUUGCUCAUGAAUAAUAAACCUAAAUCUAAUAGAAGAUAGAUAGACUUAGAAGGUAAUACCAAAAUAUUGGAACAGUAGAUAUGGCUCAACUUGAUGAUGCCUUUGAAAUUAUAGAUAUCUUGAGUGGUCUAGAAAUACACAUAGUAGGGACUGAACAAAUUAUUGAUUAAGCUUAUAAGAAAAUCAAAGAUUUUGAGCAAAAUAUUAAAGACAUCUUGAAAUCUAUUAGAAAUAAGAGAAAGAUAGACUGCGAUAGGUCAAUUUCAGUAACUUUUGGCCAAUUAGAUAAGCUGAUAAAGCUUAUUGAUAAAUACAACAAUGAAAUCGAAGUAAUUAAGAAAGAUUAAGAGAACAUGAAAAAAACAGGGAUGAAGGAUCAAGAGAAAGAUAGAGAUGCUUUUCAGUUUGAUUAAAGAAUUCUAGAUAGAAUGGAUCAACUUAAAGAGAGUGGAAAGAAAAGAGAUGAGUUCAAGAUAUUACUAGAUGCUUAUAAAAAGUCCUAUGACUCAAAGAAGGAUCUUACUGACUCAGAUACUGGCUCAGAGUUUCAAAGACUUCAAGUAGAUAGUGAUAGUCUGAAAGCUUCAGUAGAGAGAGAAAUCUAAAAUUUGGAAGGAUUUGUUUACUUUGAUAUUCUAGCCACUAAAGCUGAUAGCUAAGCAUUACAAAAUAAGCACAAGUACAAACAAGAAAAGCACGAAAUAUGUAUGGAUCUAAGAGCUAAGAAAAAUGAAGAUUUCAAAGGAUGGACAGCACAUCUUAAAUCUAUGAAAGCAAGACAGUAAAAACUUGAGGAUCUUCUUAAAGGAAUAUAAUUCUCUAGGGAGCAUUAGCAAGCCUAUGACAAAUUCAGAAAUAGACUUGACCAAAAUGAACUUGUUGUAAAAAGAGCAGAUGAUCAAACAGAUUCAAAUGCCAAGAUUCUCUAUAGUGAAGCAGCAGAUUUAGACUUACUACAGGAAUAAGUUGUCAAAACUUAAAAGAUAGAAGAUAUACAUUAAAUGCUAGAAGCCCUUAAAUUCUUAACAGAUACUUUUAACGAUGACAUUGAAAACUAUGAUGCUGACCUGACUUAAUUGGAAAAAGAUAUAAAUGACUAUCUAAACAAGUUGAAGGCAUCCUCAUAUCAAGAUUGCUAAAAUCUCCUUGACAAACUCGAUAAUUCACUUGAAAAAUUAAACAAUAAGUUAAAAGAAGUGGACGGUGAUUUUGACACAGUUUACGGUGAAUUCAACCCUAUCAAGGAUAAACUCAAGAAUAAAGAUACCAUUUAGAACUAACUUGAUAACCUUGGAAAUGAUCAAAAUGGUAUCAAGGGAAAGAGAGAUAAAUUUGCUGCUUAGAUCAAAGCAAUGAAAGAUAAAUUCGCAAAGAUUGACCCCAAAAAUGUAUCAGUCAAAGAUUGUGAAAAUAUUCUACAAGAGGGUGGAUUGCUAGAUGUUCAGAUCAAUGAUGAGUAUGAUAAGGAUGUAGAAGUACAAGAUAAACUGAAAAAACUUUUAAUGAGAUUAAGAAACGCUGGAAAAGAUGAAGAAGAAAAGCAGAGACUUCUUGCAAAACUAAAAUCCUUACUCAACGACAAUAGAGAUCUACUUAAACUUAUGAAGUAGCACAUUGAUAAUGCUGAUUUAAAAGCUAAUGACUUUGAGAAACUUUAUAAAUCAAUGGUAGAUAGCGAGGAUUAUGAGGCAAGGAAGCCAAAUAACUAAAAGAAACUAGUAAAAGUAAGAGGUAUCAAGGGUGAAACUGAAAAAUAUACUGGCUUAAGAAGUGAUGCAGAGAAAUAGAUGGAUAAGUUCACAGAUGCUUAUAUUAAUGGACUACAAGAUCUAGAUGAUCUUGAAGAUGCCAUUAAAGAUUAAACAAAGUUAAAUGAUGCACUUAAGGGAUAUGUGAAGAUACUUGGUGAUAUUGUUAAGGGCCUUGAUAGAAGAAGAUUGAAGACUUAAGAUGCAGAGGUCAGAAAGAAUGCGAACAAGCACUAGAAGCUUCAUGAUGAUAUUCAGGAAAUUGCUAAGAAAACUCAAGCUAACCUUGACUAGAUCAGCAUUUAGAUAAAAACUGUGGAUAAGGCAAAAGUUGAGUCACUUGAAAAGUAGCAUGCCGAGUUCCAAGGAAGAUUAAACUCAUUCAGAACUAAAUUUGACAAGAUCAGCGCUUUACUUAAAGCACUUGUUGAUGAAAUCAAGCCAAAGGAUCUCGAAGCCACGGAAACUGUUGGAAAACUUGCCGAAUAUAUUGAUAGACUUAGAGGAAUAGGACAAGCUUUGAAAGAACUUAAGGGUGAAAUCGAUAAACUUUAUGCAGAGGUAGAUGAUUUGCUUACAAGUCUAUCUUCUCUUGGAGCUGAAAAAGCUUUAAGAGAUCUUAUCAAUAGAUUAUUAGAUGCUCAAAAGAAUAACCAAGAGAUUAUUGACCAUAUUAAGAGAAUGAUUGCAUUGACAGAUUCUUAUGAUGGUUAUACAACUGGAGCAGAAGAUGGAAAGUUCUAUUCUGGACUCAAUGCUAGAUCAAAGAAGCUCUUACAAGAACUUAAGGAUUAAGAUGCUUAGUUUACAAAAACAAUAGGUGAUAUUGAGAAAAUUAUUGGGGUUGUUAAGAAUGAUCCAAAAACAGGAGAUCCAGUGAAGGAUAAUGCAUUAUAAGAAAAAAGAAAAGGUGAAAUUAACCAGAUAAAGGGUUUAGUUGAUAAGCUUAUUGAUGCCAAAAUCAAGAUUGACGACGAGGCAAUAGGAAACAAAAAAAAGAUGUCUGAUUAUAUUUUAGAGGAUAAGAUAGGAAGAAGAAAGGAGGAGAUCGACGAAUUAGAGAGAUAGCAUGAGGAUUAUGCUGCUCAGAUUGCUGGCGGAAAAUUAAAAGCAGAGGAAGAGAUUGCAACUAAUGCAGCAGUUGCUGGUCAAAAGGCUAAUGUUGAAAAGUUGCAAAAAUGCCUUGCAGAAUUAGCUCCAUUAGAGGAGAAAAUGACUGAAAUGGUGGCAAAAAUAUAAGAACUCUAAGUUUAGUGCAGUGAACUUGGAGAAAAUACUCAAAAUAUUCCAUAAGACUAAAAUAUAGUCGAGAUGAGAUUAAACUACUACGAUGAACAUCUAAUACUUAAAAAGAAAAUAAGAGACUUGAAGAAAGAAUUGUAAGAUCUUUGGAAUAGAGUCUAAGCUUGGAUAACUCAACUCACAACUCUUCUAGGUCAAGAGCCAGCCAAGGUCGCUGUUAAACUUGCAUUUAAAGCUACAGAUGAUAUUGACAAGAUGCUUGGUGAAAUUCUUGCUAGACUUGGAAUUCCUGUUCCUAUUUCUAAGAUUGGAGGUGGUUACUAUAUGUUUGGGUCUAAAAAGAUUUUCUGUAAAAUCAUCAAUGGAAAAUUGGUGGUUCGUGUCGGUGGUGGUUACAUGGGUAUUGAAGAAUUCAUCAUCACUUACGGCAAAAAUGAGGUUGACAAAGCUGGCUUAAUCAAAAAUCUUGAGGAUCAAGUUAAGAACAGUGGAAGCAGUGGUUUCAGUGCUGCCUCAAUGGUCAAUAAAAACAAAAAAGUUGCCAAGAAAUGA